GGUCAAUCAAAUCAUAAAAUUCCUCCCUCCAACUCCAAGACUCCAACACUCAUUUCUCUUCCCCGGUUUUAGAUGUUCAUUCAUCCACUUUCUUUCUGUCCCAACUCCAAUCUUCAACCCAAAAAAAGAAAAUACAUAUAGUCGUUAGCUUCUCAACCACACAUGACAGACUUCCCUCCUCUUCCUAUGUGAGAGGUAUAUGACGACGAUGAUCUGCGACGCGUGCCCAUUCGUUUAAAAUGCAGUACACUGCACAAUUGCUUCAUGCGUAGAGUGGAGUUUCCAACAUCUCAUAACAUUUUUGAUUCGAUUUAAGUUCAUUCACCAUCACCCAAUAGGAUGCUUUCUCUUCAAGUUGAAGAUCUUCGUGAAAAGCUCACCACCCACUUCAGACCUUGGCAGCGUUCCUUCCAGUUCUGGAUUCGAGCUGCGGAUAUCUAUACCGGCUACAAGGUUUUUCAAUUGCGGGUUAAUUUUGUGAAAGACAUGAAGAAGCAGGAGGAGAUGUGGGAAAGGCAGCAUGAGCUCGCUGCUAAGAAGAUAUACUCAAUGUGUUCUGACCUUGGUGGGUUUUUUCUCAAGGUUGCUCAAAUUCUGGGGAAGCCUGAUUUGGCCCCUCCUGCAUGGGUUAGAAGGCUUGUUACAUUGUGCGAUAAAGCUCCUGCAACUCCGUUUGAUGUUGUCCAGCUUGUGAUUGAGAAGGAGCUAGGUCGAAGUGUUAGUGAAAUGUUUGAAAGAUUUGAUGUGGAGCCUCUCGGCUCUGCUUCAAUUGCACAGGUUCAUCGUGCAAGAUUGAAAGGUGCCAAGAGUGAUGUUGCUGUAAAGGUGCAACAUCCUGGAGUUCGGGAUUUGAUGAUGACAGAUAUUCAAAACUUGCAAGCUUUUGCUCUAUAUUUGCAAAUGACAGAUAUCAAAUUUGAUCUUUUCUCUGUAACCAAGGAGAUGGAGAAACAGAUUGGAUAUGAAUUUGACUUUAUGAGGGAGGCUCAAGCCAUGGAGAAAAUACGGGAUUUUCUUUAUGUCAACAACAAAAGGCCUCCUGUUUUAGUGCCACGUCUGAUGCCAAACAUGGUGACUAGGAGAGUUUUAGUAAUGGAAUUUAUAGAUGGAGUACCAAUUCUAAACCUUGGUGAUGAGAUGGCUAAAAGAGGCAUAAAUCCUGAUGGUAAAGUUGCUGCCAUGGCAAAGCAGAACAUCCUAAGAAGUUUGACUCUAGCAUAUGGUCAAAUGAUCUUGAAGAGUGGUUUGUUUCAUGCAGACCCUCAUCCUGGAAAUAUUCUGAUCUGUAAGGGUUCAGAGGUUGCUUUGCUAGACUAUGGACAAGUGAAGGAUCUCCCUGAUGAUUUGAGGCUCGGAUAUGCUGGCCUGGUUCUUGCUAUUGCUGAUGGUGAUCCUAUAAAAGCCUCUCAGAGUUACAGAGAGCUUGGUAUAAAAACAUUGAGUAAAUGUGAUGAUGAACAAACAGAAAUGCUUAAGUUGGCCCAAACAAUGUUUGAUACAAAACUCCCGCCUGGAGUGAUGAUGUUGCAACCUUUUUCAGAAGAAUCUUCAAUAAAAAAAAUUGCUGUUCAGAACUUCCCAGAAGAGUUGUUCUCUAUUCUUCGAACUGUACAUUUGUUGAGAGGACUUGGUGUUGGCCUGGGCAUCAACUAUUCAUGUGCAGAGCAGUGGAGACCUAUUGCUGAAGAAGCUUUGUAUCUCUCUGGGAGACUAAAAGAUAAAGACCUGAAGACAAAAUUACAGAAGCGCAGCUUCUUUAGAAGAAUGUUUUGGAGAGUCUGAAUGUUUCAGUGGUGAUGGGUAAAUAGUAACUGAUGUGAAAGAGUUAUCUUGCCAGGUUCCUGUUCUUCCUCCCCUCCAAAAGAAAAAGAAAAAGAAGAAUAGAAAGAACAAGGAAAUAUUGGUUGAGCUUCUGGGUUCCAUUAUUCUUUCUGUUGUAGCAAUCUACGCAUUCAUCUCCCCAAUGCCACAGUAGAUCAGCAAGACAGAUUAGAUAAUUCAUUCACUUGAUAUCUUUCAUUUUUAGUGGGUACAAAUUUUAUUUUCCUGUGGCCCAGAUGCAUAACUGCGAAAGAAAAAACAAAAAUGUCACGGUUCAUUGUCUCCAAUCAUCUAUUCAAUGAGGUAAUUCCAGAUUUCCCUUUUGAAUUUGGUAGAA